AUGCAUCCUGAAAAGCGAGGACAAUUGGAUUGGUCUAGACGCUACAAGAUAAUUGGAGGCAUUGCUCGAGGGCUAUAUUAUCUUCAUGAGGAUUCUCAGCUUAAAAUUAUUCAUCGUGAUCUCAAAGCUAGCAAUGUAUUGCUAGACGAGAAUAUGAACUCCAAAAUUUCCGAUUUCGGCUUGGCAAAAAUAGUUGGAGUUGAUUCAUCCCAAGUACAUACAAACAAAGUGGUUGGGACAUAUGGUUACAUUUCACCAGAAUAUGCUAUACAUGGGCAGUGUUCAGUGAAAUCCGAUGUGUAUAGCUUCGGAGUUCUAGUUUUAGAGAUCAUUACUGGCAAGAAGAGCAACAAAUUCUAUCAAACAGAUGGUGCUGAGAAUCUCAUGAGCUACGCUUGGAAACACUGGAGAGAUGGAACACCCUUGCAAUUGUUGGAUUCAACUCUGUCAAAUUCUUAUUCAAGAGACGAAGUGAUCAGAUGCGUCCAUGUGGGGUUGUUAUGUGUCCAGGAAGAUCCAACUGAGAGACCAACAAUGGCAACAAUCGAUCUCAUGCUUAAUAGUUACUCUGUUACUCUUCCAUCACCUCAGCAGCCGGCGUUUUACCUCGGCACUAGAAGAGAGGUGACCAUGCCACCAAACAAGCCCUGCUCUGUGUAUGAAGAAUCCAUUACUGAAUUAUAUCCUCGAUAAUGGGGGAUGACUGCUGAGCUUGUGCUUCAAGAAUCAAGAUUUUGUAUAAUAUGGUUAACUUGCAUGUACGAUAACAAACAAUAAAAAAGAA